AAAGCUGGGCUAGGGCAUUGCCAACCGAGUCAGUCCCGCCGUGGAAGCUGUCGAGAACGGACUCGAAGGGAUCGGAAACUAGCUCUCCAAGAUGCGUGCCACAGUGUUUUUCCUCGGCCUCUUGGCCAUCAGCUACUGGGAGGAGUCCCAUGGUCAUGUUGUGGGCCUUCCAGCAGUCGGAACUUAUCUACUGUCUCCACCCGUUGUCUUGCUAGUCCAGCCACCACCUCCUCCGCCGGAAGACGAUGGCUCCUACAAGCCGCCUUCGCCACCCGAAGAUGGCUCGUGGCAGCCACAGCCUGGUCUGGAGGGAGAGUACUCGGACCCGGAAAUAAGCCAGAGUGGCAGUGGAAGCGUUACAGCUAGUGACGCAGGAGCUGCUGCCUUGAGUUUGGUUGCCUCACAAUCUGUAGACGCCCAAGAUGCCCCUGCUCCGGCUGAGGCCGGAGGAGCAGGAGGUGCCGGACAAGCGGGUCAGGCUGGAGCACUUCUGGGCGGUGCGGGAGGAGCAGGCGGAGUUGGUGGUGGAGGCAGCGCUGGCGGCGGUGGCGGUGGAGGAGGCGGCGGCGGUGGAGGUACGGCCACAUCCGGCCAGAGCGGCGACAGUGGACAGCCUGGAGCGCCAAGUCCGUCGGGUCCUCAGCCCGAUGGUGAGGAUGGCGCCGAUGGAGCCGAUGGGCCAGACGGUCCGGAUGGCUCCAAGGGUGGAAAGGGCGGCAAGGGUGGAAAGGGAGCACGCAAUGGAGCCGGAGGCGGCGGUGGAGCUGGAGGAGCUGCUCCUCAGCCAGCGCCAGCAGCGAUUCCUGUUCAGGCGGCUGUCCUGAUUCCCGCACCCGUUUGGGCCGAUCCAGAGCCAAAUGCGAUUCACGUUGUGUAAACGCCCGGUGACCUUUGUGCCAUUUGCCUUAACCCCCUUUGAUGGUCAUUUAAGUUAGACCUAAAGCUAGUCAAUGUUUUUGGAGCUCACAUUUACCCUAAGCUAAGGCAAGCGAAUAUUAAAAUUCGAUCACAAAGUAA